UUCACGUUGAUCUUCAACUAUGAUUUUCUUGAAGAAAUUGAAGCAUCUCUGAUCAUUCAAGGUUGUGGGUGUCUUCGUGAUGUGAAUUUGCAAAUAAACCCCUCCAUCGUACAAAGAGGCCACGAGGCGACUCUCUUCUGCCAGUACGAGUUAGAGGAUGGGGCGCCCCUCUAUUCGGUCAAAUGGUACCGUGGAAGGCACGAGUUCUAUAGGUACUCCCCAACAGAGAAGCCGUCCACCAAGAUAUUCCCUUACGAGGGCAUUAAUGUAGAUAAAGAAUCAUCAAAUGCCAGCGUUGUAGUCUUGCAAUACGUAGGAUUCAGCCUUUCCGGGAAUCUGUCCUGCGAAGUGACCGCUGAUGCUCCUUCGUUUGCUACAGCAGUUGUGUCUAGGCAAAUUCUAGUCGUUGAAUUACCCGAAGAAGAUCCAGUCAUACGGACGGAGCAUAAUAGAUAUUUUCCAGGAGAUUACCUGAUAGCAAAUUGUACCUGUCCACCGUCAAAACCAGGUGCCUCAAUGGCAUUUUAUUUGAACAAUAGAUCGAUUCUUCAAGAGGAAAGCGAGCCUAUUUCCGAUGAAGGAGACGAGCUAGUCGAAAAUAUAAUUAAUCUUUCGAUGCAACUAGAUCCUAGUCACUUUUACAAAGGGACGUUUACGCUGAAGUGCAGUGCUGUAGUCACACCUUUAUACCAAAAAACAGUAGAAAUUCGAUUGUCAAACAAUCCGUAUCAACCAGUUCCUGAGAGAGUUAUGCGAUCAGGAUGCUCGCACAUGUCGAGUCCUCUAGCAAUGCCCUACCUUAGCCUAUUAACUGUAUGCUUGGCCGCAUGGAGGUAGCUCGUAUCCAAAGCCUGUAUGGAGGUACCACACCACAAUGUGAUCUUACCAUCCAUCGAAUCGUGAUGAGCUACUUUUUUUCAAAUUUUGUGAUAAUGACUCUAGCUUUUAUAUAUGUGUACGAUCACUCACGGGGAAAAGGAACUUCGUGCCCGAAGGCAAAUCGUUCAAGAGCAAAAUGUUUUCGGACAAUUAGCAUUUGCACCAACUGAUUGCGGUAGACGCACUUGUACGACAGUAUGUUGGAGUUUUUUUAGCCAACGUGCAUUAAAAAUUCAGCAUAAAUUAAGCAUAAUUAAUUUAAAUUAGCAUUUGGGUUUUUGACAAAAAAUUCUGUUUAGCGUUUGGGAAAAUGAAUGGUGAAAAUUAAGUAAUGUAUUGGUAACUAGAGGGCGUAACUUCACAUUCAAUCCGAUAAUUUGGAGCCCCAAACAUUACCAAUCAAAUCUUCAAGCCGACCUCUCUUAACGGCAAUGUCGUUUUCAAGUUUUAAACCAUCAUAACUGUAGUUGGUUUAACAACUCAGUUUGUUUAGUCAAAAUGUUCGAAUUUUUCCAUAUAGACUGUUACCAAAAGGUAACUCAAUUUUUAUUUGUUAUUUAUCCGCAAUCAGAUCCCUUACCCCGUGGAGGUCACAAUCCAUGAGAUGUAAAUAUUGUACCAUACAGAUUAAUAACUCUAACUAAUUGUUAAAAGCCAUAGCACAGAAAAAGCACAGCGGCGCCCUAAUCAGUGAAGCUUAUGUGCUUUUUUUUAUCCUCUCUCGUAUAGAAUAUGCGUAACAGACGCUGAAAAAGUCCUUCCACUAGUUGGCAGACUUCACGCCAAUUUUGUACCAGUGCUCUUUCGAUAAUUUUAAUUCCAAAGGAGUCCAGUGAUUUAAUCUUUUCAUCCCAGAGGAAGUUAGUAUAUUCAGCGAUGCUGGUGCAUUUAAAUCACUCGUUGAAGAGACUAAUAUAUUUUGAACGGAAAUAAUCACUUUCGAUUUCCAGUCAAAUGCUCGUUUCUAUUAAUUUAAAUAUUUUUCAUGUGAAAUAAGAAUCACCGGAUGGUAUGCCAUGAGACAAUCAGCAAAAUCAAGUCUUACAUCUCUCCUUCCAGGCGUCCAUACAGCGCAGUAAAAUAAGCUGUCUCUAUUAUUUCAAGUCUCAGCGAAGAGGAGAGAAUGUUUUAUUGUUAACAUAUUUUAUUUAUCUGUUCUUGUUUGAAUAUAUUUUCGAAAAACCUCUCUGAAUGUGUUGGUUUUAAAAUGAAUAAUAUAUAUUCUUUGCUCAGUUUUGACAA